GUCAAGUUCUACAUGCCGGAGAUAAGAGCGCCAUACACACCCAGGCCAGCUUCAAAAACAUCUUCCAGUUAAUCGCGGACAUCAACACCUCACUCCGCUACCCCAGAAGGUCCGUGUGGAUUCAUCGUGGAGGUAGAUUGAUCCAGUCGCCGAAUCCGAACAAUCCAGCCGUUGAGAUAGCAUACGCGACAACAAAAGGAUAAUUUUCGUCAACCGGAAGGCAAUCAAUAAUUUCAGGUUGCAGGAUAUUUGUGUGAUCGUUGAAUCUACAAAAUGGCAUCCAGCUUCUCAGCGCGCCAAAUCCCGGCCAUGUUCGCCAGACGGCAACAGCCCACCACAGUAUACAGUGCCGCCAGACGCUUCGCAUCCACCACCCCCCAAACCCAAAACCCCGCCUAUCCCCUCUACCCAUCCGUUACCCAACUCCUCCACGAAAAGGGCAUCCCCGACUCCGAUAUCUCUAAGAUCCCCGCCUCCGGCCCCAAGGGCCGCCUCCUAAAGGGUGACGUCCUCGCCUAUCUCGGCUCCAUCCCAGCAGAUUAUCCCUCCACCCAAGCCGCCCGCAUCGACAAGCUCGCCCAUCUCGAUCUAAGCAACAUCAAGAUCGCGGCACCCCCAGCGCCCAAGUCGGAGCCUGUCACCGAGAAGGUGGAAGCGCCUGCUCCGCCGCCAACGACCUCCGUCGCGCUGUCGAUUUCGCUCUCGGCCGUCUUGUCCGUGCAGAGGAAGAUUAAGGAGAGUUUGGGGAUUACCGUGCCGCUGUCGGAGUUUUUGGCGAGGGCUGCGGACCUUGCGAAUGAGGAGCUGCCGCGUUCGGCUGUGCAGAAGCCCUCUGCUGAUGAGCUUUUCGAUGAGAUUCUCGGUGGGGAGCCUGUUACUACCUCGCGGGGUGACUAUAUCCCCGAGUUGAAUGAAGUGGAUGCCCCAGUUGCGCGGGCCCAGCCUGUCCAGGAGGACCUUAUUGAUUUCCUUGCUGGAAAAGUUUCUAAGAAGCCUUCUUCGCGGGUAGUACCGUCCGUUGAAGAGCCGGCUGCCAAUGUAUUCAGUUUGACAGUUCCGGUUAACGAGGAGAAGAGGGCGAAGGCUUUCUUGGACCGGGUUGAGACGCUGUUGACCGUUGAGCCUGGUCGUUUGGUUAUUUAGGCUUUUUUUUUUUUUUUUUUGUUGU